GGGAGGGGCGCGGAGCCGAGCCGGGCCCGCGCCGCGCGCCCCGCCGGGCGGGCUUCGGGCUGCGCCAGCGAGCGGGGCCGGUGGCGCCCGCUCCGAGGACCCCGCGCUGGACCCUGAAGCAGCGAAGGAGAAAACUGUAGUCCGGGAUGGCUCAGUCGGCCCGUCCAAAGUCGCCCAGCUGGUUCGGGCCGAGCCCCGACUGCCAGAGUGAGGCACAUGGCCCCAGCGGACCGGGCCUCGGAGGGUCCCAGGCUUGAGGACCCGUCGGCCCCCCACUCCCUUGGAAAGGCAAGGAGAGGAGCCUGCGCUGGUAGUGAGCCUCCACUUCUGCCCUUGACUGCAACACCCUAGUGCCCCCCUGGCUCAGUCAUGGCGAAGCUGGAGACGCUGCCUGUGCGCGCUGACCCAGGGCGGGAUCCUCUCCUGGCCUUUGCCCCUCGGCCCUCUGAGCUCGGACCCCCAGACCCUCGCCUGGCCAUGGGCAGUGUGGGCAGCGGGGUGGCCCAUGCCCAGGAGUUCGCCAUGAAGAGUGUGGGCACCCGCACGGGGGGUGGGGGCAGCCAGGGCAGUUUCCCUGGCCCCCGCGGCAGCAGUGGUGGGGCCAGUAGGGAGAGGCCAGGCCGCUACCCCUCCGAAGACAAGGCUCUCGCCAACUCCCUCUACCUCAACGGCGAGCUGCGGGGCAGCGACCACACCGAUGUCUGCGGCAACGUGGUGGCCAGCAGCGGGGGCAGUAGCAGCAGUGGGGGCAGUGACAAGGCCCCGCCGCAGUAUCGCGAGCCCAGCCAUCCACCUAAGCUCUUGGCCACCUCUGGCAAGCUAGACCAGUGCUCAGAGCCGCUAGUCAGGCCUUCGGCCUUCAAGCCCGUUGUACCCAAGAACUUCCACUCCAUGCAGAACUUGUGCCCCCCGCAGACCAAUGGUACUCCUGAGGGACGACAGGGUCCUGGUGGUCUCAAGGGCGGACUGGACAAGUCUCGGACCAUGACCCCAGCGGGCGGGGGUGGGGGCGGCCUCUCAGACUCAGGCCGGAACUCGCUCACAAGCCUGCCCACCUACAGCUCCAGCUAUAGCCAGCACCUGGCGCCCCUCAGUGCCUCCACCAGCCACAUCAACCGCAUCGGCACUGCCAGCUACGGCAGUGGCAGUGGCGGCGGCGGCGGCGGCUCGGGCUACCAGGACCUGGGGACCUCUGACAGCGGGCGCGCCUCCAGCAAGAGCGGGUCGUCCUCCUCCAUGGGGCGGCCAGGCCACCUGGGGUCGGGGGAGGGCGGAGGUGGAGGCCUGCCGUUCGCGGCCUGCUCACCCCCCUCGCCCAGUGCCCUGAUCCAGGAGCUCGAGGAGCGGCUGUGGGAGAAGGAGCAGGAGGUGACAGCUCUGCGGCGGAGCCUGGAGCAGAGCGAGGCCGCGGUGGCCCAGGUGCUGGAGGAGCGGCAGAAGGCGUGGGAGCGCGAGCUGGCGGAGCUGCGGCAGGGCUGCAGCGGGAAGCUGCAGCAGGUGGCCCGCCGCGCCCAGCGCGCCCAGCAGGGCCUACAGCUGCAGGUGCUGCGGCUGCAGCAGGACAAGAAGCAGCUGCAGGAGGAGGCCGCCCGGCUGAUGCGGCAGCGGGAAGAGCUGGAGGACAAGGUGGCCGCCUGCCAGAAGGAGCAGGCUGACUUCCUGCCCCGGAUGGAGGAAACUAAGUGGGAGGUGUGCCAGAAGGCGGGGGAGAUCUCCCUCCUGAAGCAGCAGCUGAAGGACUCGCAGGCCGACGUGUCCCAGAAGCUGAGUGAGAUCGUGGGGCUGCGCUCGCAGCUGCGGGAGGGCCGGGCCUCGCUGCGGGAGAAGGAGGAGCAGCUGCUCAGCCUGAGGGACUCCUUCGGCAGCAAACAGGCCAGCCUGGAGCUGGGCGAGGCGGAGCUGGCCCCGGCGUGCCUCAAGCCCGCCCUGACCCCCGUGGACCCGGCCGAGCCCCAGGAGGCCCUGGCCACGUGCGAGAGCGACGAGGCCAAGAUGCGCCGGCAGGCCGGGGUGGCCGCCGCCGCCUCGUUGGUUUCCUUGGACGGGGAGGUGGAAGCUGGCGGGGAGAGCGGGACGCGGGCCCUGCGGCGGGAGGUGGGGCGGCUGCAGGCCGAGCUGGCGGCCGAGCGGCGAGCCCGGGAGCGCCAGGGGGCCAGCUUCGCGGAGGAGCGCCGCGUGUGGCUGGAGGAGAAGGAGAAGGUCAUCGAGUACCAGAAGCAGCUGCAGCUGAGUUACGUGGAGAUGUACCAGCGCAACCAGCAGCUGGAGCGGCGGCUGCGGGAGCGCGGGGCAGCGGGGGGGGCCAGCACACCCACCCCCCAACACGGCGAGGAGAAGAAAGCCUGGACGCCCUCCCGCCUCGAGCGCAUUGAGUCCACGGAAAUCUGAUCCCCUACCUGGGCAUGUGGCCUUUUGACAAAUGCCCUGUCAAAGGCCAAGAGUCCCCAAUGUCCCCUUCCCGCCAUUUCUCUUCCCCAUGUCCCCCAUGCCCCCAGACCAAAGAGGUUCUCAAAGCAGCUGUGACCAGGUCCCUCCCCCCCCCCCCACUGGGUGCCCUUCGGGCUCUACCACUGGCCCUCUGGGCAGCCCACUUGGACCCACCUCCCAAGGAGGGGAGAGAGGGAGGCAGAGUGAUUGGGGGUUGAGGGGCCCAGGCAGCAGGGGAGCCCGUGCUCCCCUUCUUGGCACUGCUGUGCAGGAGAUGGGAGGCGUCAGGCCUGCAGUGCCAUGAGAUACUCCAGCCCCUCAGUAGGUCCGGGCUGCCCCUGUUGGCCACCCUGGUGUCCAGUGACGCUCUCUGUGGUCACCUCCAAGGCCAUGUAGCCUGAGGGGGCCUGCAUGGGGUCUGCCGAAGCUGACAGACCUUGGGCUCCUGGCCUCUCUCCUUCCUGCCCUAUUAUCUCUCCCUGGGCAGAUUGGCAGGACGAGUGGGAGCAGAUGGCCCAUAUGUGGUUGAGAGGGCUACCUGCCCAGCCCCUUCCCCUCCCCCCCCCAAGGUCUCUUGGGCUCAGGCCUCGGAGCCUGGCCUGGUCCUGAGUGUAUGUCCAUAUGUGCGUAUCAGGGGCCGGAGGGAAGGCUAGGGGUGGAGACUCAGUGCCCAGGGAAGAUCUGCUCUCCUGUUCUUGGGAAGGGUCAUCUGGAGACUUCUUAGCUCUACUCCACCCUUCUGGCCAGGAUCCCCCAGGGUGAUAGCCCCAUCUGCUUGGCUCACCCCACACCCAGGGCCGCUGUCCGGCUCUAACUACAGCUAUUAAGUGCUACCUGCCUCUCAGGCACUCCCCUCACCCGGUUUCUGAGGUCAUAUGAGUGUCUGUGAUGUCUUCCUGUGUCUUCUCCCACUCGAUUCCCCCAGCUUCCCUCUGCUUUCACGCUCAGAACAUCAUUGUCCUAGGCCGCCUCUUCCCCCCAAACCUCACCUUUUCUUCCAGUAGAAAAUUCUGCUUGAUCUUUGGUGCACUGCCCACUUCCAAGCUCCAAUGGGUCCAAGCCUGAGCCAGAGGCCUUUGUUUUGGGGAGCGAGGGGGGAUGGUUGUGAUUGCCCUUGAAGGACAAGGCUGACCUGAGAGGAACACUGACCCCUGAGUUCCCAGGACCUCGAAGUAGCCCAGUGUUUGCCCAGGGUAGGCCUGGCAUGGCCAUCAGUGGGGGUUGGGACAGCACUGUCACUUCCCUUCUCCUCUCGGCAUCCUCUGAGUCUAUCUCCCUAAGAUAGGAAGGGAAAGGCAAAUUUCUAAUUCACCAGCAAUAAAAAUUAGAGGAGGCUUGGCCCUCAGCCCUUGUAUUUCUCUCUUUUCACUCUCUUCCUCCCACCCCCAAGACGGGGUUUGGAGGCACGGUGGAGAGAGCUGGCAACUACUGUGAGCAAGUUCCCCAACCCCUGACCAGCCUCCUCCCAUGACUGGUGACUGUUUAAUGAGCUGUGCGUCCCCCACAAAAACAAGAGUGCCCCCCUGUGUGGCCUCUAUCCCUCUGCACAGCCCCUUCCCGGUGACCCUCACCAGAUCUCUGAGCCAGGUGAGGGAGGCCAUCUGGCAAUCACUGCCCAUUCCACUCACCCCUCACUGUACCUGCCCCAGAACCUGGGCCUGGGCCAGAGGGGCAGGGGGAAGAGAAGGCAUUAGUAGGAAAAAAAAAAAAUAGAAAAAAAUAUGAACAGACUCAGCUUUGGGACUUCCAACCACAAAAGAAAUUAUAUAUAAAUAUAUAUAAAUAUAUAUCUCUACCAUAGGUGAUGGAAAGACUUCGUUUUCUUUUCCCAAAGAAAUAAAAUGGAGAAAGCCU